GCUGUUUUGCUGGUCAGUGUCAAUUGAGUCGUGGGAAGAUACAGUCGUAGAACAUGUUGCACCUGGUAGGACUGGGUAUACUUCUGGUGUGCGGUGGUGUCGCAUCGCACACCUACCACCUGGGGGCAUGUCCCGAUAUAGAUCCAAUGCCGGACUUCGAUAUGGAAAAGUUGUUGGGAGUGUGGUAUGUGAUUCAGAAAACGUCGACCGCCUCCCACUGUCUCACGUACAACUUCACGAAGACGGACGAGCCGGGACAGUACAAGCUGGAGCAGGUGUCUCAACACUUCCUCCUGGGACUGACACCUUUGGAACAUGACUACAAAUACACUGGCGUACUCACUGUUCCGGACCCCUCUGUACCAGCUCGCAUGAAAGUCAACUUCCCAUUAAGCGUAGCCGGCUCAGCGAGUUACACAGUGAUGUCGACAGACUACAACACAUACGCCGCGGUGUUCACCUGCCAGAAGCUGGCCUUCGCGCACCGCCGGUCCGCCACCAUCUUGUCCAGGUCGAAGGAGCUGGAUAGGAUGUACGUUGAUAAGAUGCGUUCCAAAUUGGCCUCAUACGGCGUGGAUCCCUACGACCUGUCCAUCAUCUCCCAGACGGACUGCCCCAAGCACGAGGACGGUAGCGGUGUGAACAUCAAUAUUGAACCUGACACAUUCAGCCCUCAUAACAUCGGUGAAGCGGUCAAGAAAACUGGCUCUGCUAUUGGUGACGGUGUGGAAUACGUGAUCGACGCUGGUAAGAAGGUGUACCACAAGGUGACGGACAGCAAGGAGGACCUCACCGAGCCCCCCUCCAACAACCCCAAGAUACGAGGUGACGCUGAGUGGCUGCCUUAAUUCCAACAGUAAACUAUCCCAUCGUUGGCAGUGAUCCUAUUAUUGGCACCUUGGAAGUUAUUGGGAAUGAUAAUAAUAUGACUUUCUGUAGUAUGAUCUCUUAAAGUGCCAAUAAUGGGUGUUUUACCUUAGUAUUAAAAUUUAAAUACACUCAUCCUAUAUGUAAUAAAAUGUUUGAAAUGCAAA